AUUCCAUGUUUUUUUAAAAAUAAUCUUUAUAAUAUCAUAUUCAUAUUUUUAGAACAGAAACAGGCUUAUGCGUGCUUAUUUGAGCAGUUAUAUAUACCUGUGUGGUUAUUAAUUUUAGGAAAAGAUAGCCUUUUUGAAAUAAGAAAACAUCGAUUGUGCAAAUGAAGUUAAAGUCUUCUGAAAUAAUUAAACGUGGUACCUGUAUUUUGACUGAAAAGCCAUUUGUUUAUGCGUUGAAUUCUAAAUAUCGGAAGGAGCGGUGCGAUUUCUGUUUUUUAAAAACAAACUUAUUAAAAUGUACAGGGUGCAAUUAUGUGUAUUAUUGUGGAAGGGCUUGCCAAAAGGAGGCUUGGACAAUACAUAAAAUAGAAUGCCCUUGCCUUCGAAGGGCAGGUCCACGAAUUGUACCCAAUGCAGCUCGAAUGCUGUUAAGAAUAAUUAUAAAGUCAAAGCAAAAUGGAGAAUUUGAAAAGGGCUAUUACACAAGUACAAAUUAUAGAAGGUUUAAAGAUUUAAUGUCUCAUUAUGCUGAAAUAAAGCUAGAUUCGAAACGAAUGGAGCAUUUAGAAAGUUUACAAGCUGUCUUGGAACAAUUAUUAGUUGAUAUAUCAGUGCCAAAUUCUGCUGAGUUGUUGGGUUUAUAUGGCCGGUUAACUGUUAAUGGCUUCAACAUUUUGGAUGGUGAAAUGUGCAGUCUAGGAACUGGUAUAUACCUAGGCAUUUCUAUUGUUGACCAUUCUUGCACACCAAACGCUGUUGUUGUUUUUGAAGGAACCACUCUUUAUAUAAGAACUUUACAAGACUUGCCAAGUCUAAAUUGGUCAGAGAUAUUUAUUUCAUAUAUAGAUUUACUAAAUACAACUGAAGCCAGAAGAAUUGAUCUGAAAUCAACAUAUUAUUUUCUGUGUACUUGUUAUCGUUGUUUGGAUGAUUCAGAAACAAAACUUAUGAACAGCGCAUGUUGCAUGAAUGCAUUUUGUGAUGAACCUAUAGAUGCAUCAUUUUCUGAUAAAAUCUGCAACAAAUGUACAACAAAAGUUUCUGAGGAGCACAUGCAGAUAUAUCAUGAAGUUAAAGAGUUUAUCGAAAUGAAACUAGAGGAAAUGAAGGACAUAGCAUAUUUAGAUGUAUGCAAAAUUUGCUUGAAGAAAAUGUCAGGUAUAUUACAUCCAAAAAAUAUUUUGUAUGUUAAAAUAUUGGAUAUGGCUUUUGAAAGUGCAAUUCAAAUGUGCUUAUGGAACGAUGCAAUAAGUUAUGGAAACCAAUUACUACAUGGUUUCAGAUUAUAUUAUGGUAAUUUUCAUCCACUCUUGGGGUUAUUAUAUUUAAAACUUGGAAAAAUAUUACUUCUUCAAAAUCAGCCAGAGUCUUUAGAAAGACUUAAAAAUGCACAAGAAAUCCUUAAAAUAACCCAUGGCGAGAAACAUGAGUUAUACAAACACAAUUUAUUACCCCUAUUAGAGCAAGCUUUGAGUGAAAGUCUACCUAAUUAAAUGUUACUGCAGGAA